CAGACAGAACUCCGUUCUAUUGAUGGCAUGCACACAGUCUUUUGCAUCGAUACUUCUUGUAGUAUGAAAUUAAAUAAUGCUUUGAUCGAUGCAAGGACGUUUGUCUACGAUUACAUAUCAGCUUUAAUGGACGAUUUUGAAAGAAAAAGCAGGUGCUACUUUACAUCAUUAGUAACAUUUGGGGAAGAAACGAAAUUGCUUCAGCAAUGGACCAAAGAUGUUAAUACACUUUUGGAAUCGAUUGAAAACUUACCACUUUCUGGUCAUGGUGAUUUGGCAACUGGACUUGAAUAUUCAAAGAAUGCCGCAUUAAGCCCAUGCAAUUAUGUUACAACUACGAACAACACAUUAUUACGUGAGAUUAUUGUUAUAACUGAUGGCAGAGCAACUGAUUUCGAUGCUAAACGUAAACAUAAUGGAAACAAAAGAGAAGUAAAACAACUUUGCUAAUACCCAUUUGUUGCAAGACUUGCUGUAAAGUUUUCGAUAAAAAAGUGUAAGAAAAACACCGGAAACAGUAUCAUAACAUACUUCAAAUUCAAUAAUUACACAAAUGCAAAUAUAAAACACAUUUACCUCAUACAUAUGUAAACCUUCUUAUAUUCUCGUAAUACAAUCCGUACGUCUGUUACCAAUUUCGUGUCCGGUUUGCAUCUUUUGAACCGAUUGAAGGGAAUACAAUUUACUUCGCAGAAAUGUGAACAUGUGAUCAUAAUAAAACGAUAUGCACAGUGCAGGUUUGACUUACAUAAGAAGCUUUUAUUUGUCGAAUAUAAUGUUGCCUGCCUCUAUGAAAGUUUUAUGAAUCAUGUACCUUAAUUAUUUUGUAUCAUUAGAAUAUUGAAGAUAAAACUUUUUGAUUGGGUCUAUUCCGAAAUUGAAAUAUUUACUUUUUAUACUCAAACAAAUCUACAUUUGGGCGUUUAUUGUCCCGCAUUUGCAACCCUCUUGUCCAGUAUUUCAGUCGUGAAAAAGAAGAAGUGGCUGAUAUUCGAGAGAAAGGUGUCGAAAUACAAUUUGUUUAUGUUGGAGAUCCGGAUAAAAAAUUGUUAGAGCAACUCCGCGACAUCAAUGGCAGAGAGCUGGACAAGCAUACUUCAGGUCGCACAAUGGCAAAAGACAUAACAGUUAAGGU